UUUGUGUGGAGGAUCCGACUUAUCCAAAUUGAAUCCUAUCCUGCAUCCUUCACCACUUAACGUCUGCCUUCAUCUUCUCCGCCACCCAAUUCCUCCCCUCCUCCCCCACAUCAAUCCUUCUCUUCUCUUCUCCUCACCUCCCUUUCUCUUUCUCCUCACCCUCAAGGGAGCAGAAAAAGCUUAAGCUAGCCCGAGAAUCAGACUUCGGUCCUCAACCACCAGCAUGGCUGCAGUUACUGCUGCUGCAGUGUCCCUCCCCACCUCCACUUCUCUACCGACUAGAGCUUCUGCCUCCUCUGAAAGGAUCUGUUUCCACAAGGCUUUUCUCAGUGGAAGGCCUAUUGCGUCUGAAGCGCUUGUAGCAACAAGGAAUGUUUCUGCAAUUAGUAAGCUCGCAGUCAGAGCUCAGAUUGCAACAGAAACUCCUACAAAGGUAGAGAAGGUCCACAAGAAGAAUGAGGAAGGUGUCAUUGUCAACAAAUUCAAGCCCAAGACACCCUACACUGGUCGCUGCCUCCUCAACACCAAGAUUACUGGGGAUGAUGCACCAGGAGAGACAUGGCACAUGGUUUUCACCACUGAAGGGGAAAUACCCUACAGGGAAGGGCAGUCUGUUGGUGUAAUUCCUGAUGGCAUUGACAAGAACGGAAAGCCCCAUAAGUUGAGGCUCUACUCUAUAGCCAGCAGUGCUCUUGGGGAUUUUGGAGACUCCAAAAGUGUAUCGCUAUGCGUAAAGCGCCUUGUCUAUACCAAUGAUCAAGGGGAGAUAGUGAAGGGAGUCUGCUCUAACUUCCUCUGUGACUUGAAGCCUGGGGAUGAAGUUAAAAUGACAGGGCCGGUGGGCAAAGAAAUGCUUAUGCCUGUUGAUCCUAAUGCUACCAUCAUUAUGCUUGCUACUGGUACUGGCAUUGCUCCUUUCCGUGGGUUCUUGUGGAAAAUGUUCUUUGAGAAGCAUAAGGAUUACAAGUUCAAUGGUCUAGCAUGGCUUUUCUUGGGAGUUCCCACUAGCAGCUCUUUGCUCUACAAAGAGGAGUUUGAGAAGAUGAAGGAAAAAGCUCCUGACAAUUUCAGGCUUGACUUUGCCGUCAGUCGAGAACAGACAAAUGAGAAGGGAGAAAAGAUGUAUAUUCAAACAAGAAUGGCCCAAUAUGCUGAAGAACUAUGGGAAUUGCUCAAGAAGGACAACACCUUCGUGUACAUGUGUGGAUUGAAAGGAAUGGAGAAAGGGAUUGACGACAUUAUGACAUCCUUGGCUGCUAGAGAUGGCUUUGAUUGGCUGGAGUACAAAAGACAGUUGAAGAAGGCAGAGCAAUGGAACGUUGAAGUGUAUUGAUGUUUGGAGCUUCCUACAAUCUUGUUUUUACCAGCAACAGUAUGUUUGGCAGCCAGCGCGCCACUCUUUUCUGUAGAUAGGAAACCAGCUCUCAUAUGUAUAAUUUUUCAGUUUUCCUUUUCCCUCACAGUCAGAAGUAUUUUCUGUCACCUUCUUGUAAGUGCUGUCUCGAAAAGAUUGUACAACGCUGUGCUCAUUUCAGACUCCUGUAUGCCUUCUCUGCACAAACAAAACAUGUCUUCCAAUUCAAUGGAAACGAGCUGUUCUGAACUC